AUGAGGUUUGAGAACAUUCUUUCUGAUAUUAAUGGAUUUGGAAGAUUUCAGAAAAUGAUCAUUGUAAUCAACUUCAUUGGCCGCUUCACUAUGCCCUGCCACUUCAUGCUGAACAACUUCAUAGCGGCUGUUCCUUCUCACCACUGCGACAUCAGCUUUCUGGAUGAUGGAGGUAUUUUUAGCAAUUUAUCCCUGUCGGAGAGGCUCGCUGUUAGUAUUCCAGUCCAGGAGGAUGGGACUCUGAGCUCCUGUGAGAUGUUUGCAGAGCCUCAGUAUCAUCUCCUGUUCAACUCUUCCAACAUUACUGACCUACCUACAGUGUCCUGCCAGCAUGGAUGGGUGUACGACAACAGAACUUUCAAGUCUACUCUGACCUCACAGUGGGACCUGGUGUGUGAUAAAAGAGGGAAAAACAAAGCCACUGCUACCAUCUUCUUUGUUGGAGUGAUGUUUGGAGCCAUGUCCUUUGGGAGUUUGAGUGACAGGUUUGGCCGAAGGAUCAUGCUGCUGGUGUCAUUUGUGUCAGGAAUGCUGUUUGCUGUUGCGAGUGCUUUUUCUUCAUCUUACGUGAUGUUUGCGGUGCUGAGGUUCUUCACUGGGUUUUGCAUCAAUGGCAUUGUCAUUGUCUCAACAGUCCUCAGUGUGGAGUGGGUCGACAUCGAGCACAGGAAACUGGUAGGAGUGAUCGACAGCUUAUCCUGGACAUUUGGGAAUGCAGUAUUUCCACUUAUUGCUUACUAUGUGACUGAUUGGCGGUGGCUGAUUGUUAGUGUCACCUCACCUCUAACCUUGGCCAUUAUCACCUGGAGGUGGAUGCCAGAAUCAGCCAGGUGGCUCAUUGCCAACGGAAAGCUGGAACAAGCUCAGACCUAUUUGAAAAAAUGUGCCAAGAUGAAUCAAACAGAGGAGUUAACCAACACACUUAAAACAGAGACACUGUCCACUAUUGUUGUGACAGAGAAAAGAGACCGGGCUUUCUCCUACCUCGAUCUGAUACGAACACCUAGAAUGAGGAAACUGGCUCUAUGUACUGGUAUAGUUUGGUUCAGCGUGGCAACCGCAUUUUAUGGCAUCAGUUUCAACAUCACAGGCUUCGGGGUCAAUAUCUAUCUCACUCAGUUUAUCUAUGCUGUAGUUGAGUUCCCAGCCAAGAUAUUAGUUUACUACUUACUGGAUAAAAUAGGCAGGAGAAGCACUGAGAUGGGAGCUUUGCUGAUUGUUGGAGUGUGUCUCGGAAUCAACAUUGUGGUACCUAAAGAUAUGUCUGUUGUAAGAACAGUGGUAGCAGUCAUUGGCAAAGGGUUUUCUUCUGCAUCCUUUGCAACUGUUGUGCUCUACAGUUCUGAGCUAUAUCCCACUGUAGUGAGGCAGAAUGGUAUGGGCUACAACUCCUUCAUGGCUCGACUCGGUGUAGCAGUGGCUCCUUUGAUCCUUCUGCUGGAUGAUGUGUGGAAGGACCUGCCACAGGUUGUCCUGUGCUCUGCAGCUGUACUGGGGGGAAUGGUAGCAAGAGCACUGCCAGAGACACGCAACAGGUGCCUGCCGGAGACCAUAGAGGAUAUUGAAGAGCAGUCAGUGGCAUGAGUGCAUAUUCAGCUAAGCAAAGCUUUUAGUAAAACAAAAACAGUGAUGACAAUAUGUAGCCUGCAGUGUGUUUUGUGUGAUUUUAUGUGUUUAUGCUUGAAGUAGAAAAACCUUCCAGUUUUAUGUAGCUUAGUAGGUUGGAAGGAUACUUAGGCAGGUGGGAGGAAAACCCAUCAGUAGUACUACUACUAACUUAAAGUCAUAUGAACAAAGUUGUUUUAUCUUGUGGCCCCUUGGAGGGUCCUGACCAUCAAGUUGGA